UCCUCCUCCUCCUCCUCCUGCAGGGGCUUCGACAUUGCCAAUCACUUCUGCGAGUGGGUCUACAGCUACGCCCACGACGAGUGGCCCUUCUACACAGCCAGCCCGGAGAACUACCCCAGCCGCGAGCAGCAGCUGCACUUCAUCCGGUGUUACCUGGAGGAGGCAGGUGGGAAGGCCGACCCCCCCUCGCCAGAGGAGCAGGACCGCCUGGAGGCCAAGAUGCUUCUGGAGAUCAGCCGGUUCACCUUGGCCUCCCAUUUCUUCUGGGGCCUCUGGUCCAUCCUGCAGGCCAAGAUCUCCACCAUUGAGUUUGGCUACCUGGAAUACGCCCAGGGCCGCUUUGAGGCCUACUUCCAGCAGAAGGCCCGGGGCGAGUGACCGCUGGCUGUCCGGCGGCCAUAAACUGGCCUGACCAGAGCUGACAUAUCGCACAGCUGGAGCCGAAGGACCAAGACAGGCGGGGUGGCUGGUCAGCCCUCAUGCAAGAGACGCUUCGGGGCCUUUGGAGGCCUGGAUGGACUCGGCCAACCUGGUUUUGGGGGGCUCCCAUGACGCCCUGCAGGGCGAGGGGUCGGCUGCAGCCUCCUCCUGGAUCGGCUGGGGGCAUUGGGGGUGGGGGGUCCAUGCCUUCCUCGGGGGCAGCCCAGGUUGGCAGGCGGGAGGGGUAUGGUGCACGGGGCCUCUCACGCCUGGGCUGCCUCGGGGCUCCGGGCUCCGUCCUCCCCUGCCCAGCACCUGCAUGGAACCGCUGGGCGAGGGCUGCCUUCCGGGUGGAGGCUCCGCCAGUGCAAGCGGACAGCCAGGCCACCUGUGACCUUCGCCCCUUUGUGUGGCUCUGGUUGCCCACACCUGACAGUAUGAUGCCCCCCCCCUCGCCCAGCUAUGUCCCCACCCUCGGAGGGGGCCGCAUUUCCCCGUUCCAGACUGGGGUACAGCUGGGGGGGGGGUUCCCUUCUGCCACUAGACGAGCCUUUGCGCUUUUCAUCCUGUGCGCCAGUUGCACCCUCUGCCUUCCCUUCCGUCACUCACACCCUGGUCGCCUCACAGUCAGAGUACUGCAGUGCCCUCUAAAUGGGGCUGCCCUUGAAGACCAACCCAGCUGUGCUGCAGAGGCUCAUGGGCACCUCCCGUGUGCCCCUCGGUCGCCACUGGGAGGUGAGCUGUGCCAGCUGCCAGCCGGCGCCCAAGGGCUGGUUAUUGCCUCCCAAACUCUGCAGGCCAGAGCUGGGGGGCCAUUUCUGCAGGGGAUACACGCCAAGUCCUUCCCCACCCCCACCCCAUGAAGCGCUGCCACCCGGUGGGACUCGGGAAGCCUUGCUUCUCUCUUGGGGGGCCCCUCCCCUGCCUCGGGGGCGGGGGGCUCGGUUCCAGAAAGCAUGGAAAACUUGGAUUUGGUUCCCGUUUUGGGUCGCUGAUCUUAUUCUGGGCUAAUAAAUCAACGAGAUGUCCAACAUGGAGGACUCCGAUGCCCCCCCCCCCCCCGAGGUUUCCUGCUGUCCGUUUUCGGGGCAGCUCAUCCCUGGAGCAGUGAGAUACAGCCGUGGAUGGAUGCUUUGCACUCUCGGUCAGAAUACGGCACAAAAUAAAAUACGCUCAUUUGUAGA